UUUACUUCUUUACUUCUCUUGCUAUGUUUUGACCAAACUAUUUCUAACAUGGGUGUUGGUUAGUUUUUGGUCAUGUAAUUAACUUUUAUUUAUGUUAAAUUUCAUUAUUUCAUCUUUUUGUUACUUUAGUUUUAUCAAUCCUAGUUUUCUACUCAACUGUCACCAGCAAUGAUCAAACUGCGGAGUUGUGUUAUGUUCUCUGGAAUCAUAUUUCUUCUAACAGUGAUUCGUUUGACAAACUGCCAAUUUGACUGGCAAUCCAGAGACAAUUUUGAUGCUAUCAAUGAACAAGUGAAUCGUGUUAAUCGAGACAAUUGCAGAAUAGUGGACAUCAAUGAUCUCUUUUUACCCAAUUCAACUGUUACCCAUGUGCCUAAUAUUAAGUGGCUUGGAACAGAUCCAGUUUUUCCCAAUCGUACCAACUUACUUCAUGUUCACAAUAUGGCACUAAGCCGAGCAUUUUUCUACAGUUUCAUUCUACAAAAAGCUGAAGAUGAUGUUGAGCCCGGCUUCAUGUAUUAUUUCCUAUCGUCUAUCGCUGAUGUUGCUGCUAAUCGCUUUAUUAAUGCCAGUUCUGUUUAUUUUGCACCUGAUCGAGCUUUUACCCCAUCUUAUAAAGGUUUUUUCAACAAAACAAUGCCUCUGUUUGCACCUCGUGCCUUCCGCGCUGAUGAUUUCAACGAUCCAUAUCACCUUUCUGGAACCUCAACUCUCAAUACUAUUGCAGUUAGUGAUUUAGGUGCCGUCAAAGUAAAUUCUCAAAGUAAUAAUUAUACUCAUGAGCAUUACAAAAUCAACAAGUGGUAUAACCUUUGGUUGCCAGAUAAUACCAAAAGCCAUGAUUCCAAAACAACUUAUACUGCAAAAAUAUUUCACGCUAAUGGAUUCAAUGAAACCUUUACAUUCCAUGGUCCGCCUCAUGCUUCAGAUACUCCAGGUCCAGUUGCGUGGACUCAACCUUAUUAUGACUGCGAACGAUCAAAUAAAUGGGUUGUUUCAGCCACAUCUCCUAUUGUUGACUUUAACCCAAGGCAUACUGGAUGGAGGCAUAUAGAAUAUGCAAGAUAUGUUGCUGUUUCAGUUAUGGAAAUAGACUUCGAAAGACUGGAUAUCAACCAAUGUCCAAUCGGUCCAGGAAAUCCACGUCCAAAUGCAUUUGCAGGAACUUCUCGCUGCAGAAAUGAAAGUACUGAGUGUGAACCAAUACACGGUUUUGGUUUUCGUCGAGGAGGAUAUCAGUGUCGCUGUAAAUCUGGUUUUAGAUUGCCUAAAAAUGUUCGAACUCCAUAUUUAGGAGAAAUAAUUGAAAGAGCAACCACAAACGAGUACAAAAAAGGAUAUUCGUGUGAGAAGAUUGGUUACCUAGCUGUUAGAACCCAAAAUGCCGAGGUUAUGGAUACUUUUCAUGCCAAAAUUUUACUUGGUACUCUCAAAACAUUGACAGGCUUGGGUAAAAAUACAUCGGAGCGUUUAGAUGCUAACACUUUCACUGAUUUUGUCCGUCAUAAUGUUACACCAGAUAAUUGUGAAUAUUUUCUACGUACAAGUCCGGAUAAGCUUUAUCUACCUGGUAAUGUUGCUUAUGAUAAAGAAAAACAGUUUGAAAAUCAAGCUCGAAUGGCUCUUCGUUUAGCAAAUUUCAUUUCAGCGUUUCUACAAGUUGUGGAUCCAACUGUCUCUUAUGCUGAGUUCCGAGUUCCUGAUAAAUCAUUAACAACUGAUCAAAUGAUUGGAGAAGUUCUUAGUUUAGUCUCUGGUGAUCUGAAACUAUUGGGAGCUGGUGUCUUUUUUGAUCGUAACCAAUUCAACGCGAAUUAUACAUAUUUUGCUCCGUAUGCUUGGCGUCCUCGUCGAGAAUUGCGUGCAUUUAACGUAAUUGAUCUCGCUGGUAAAAGAUCUGCUGGACCAAGUAGUGAACCUGACUAUUUGAAAAAUGAAGCAUUUAAAUACCUCAAAUUACGUUGGACCGGCAUAACGGAUCAGCUACAAACAUAUACAACGAAGAUUAAUAUUCGUUACAAUUCAUCUGGAUUAAACACAAUUAAAUUUGACCAAUAUCCAUUGCAAUAUCAAGCUGCAGAAUUGAAUCAUGGCUACUGGUCUCGGCCUUAUUAUGACUGUAAUGGUUUCCACAAGAGAUGGUUAGUCACUUAUAGCUCGCCAUUUUUCGGCUGGAAUAAUUUACGCAACAAAUUGGUGUUCAAAGGAGUCGUUUCUGUUCACAUGGAUCUCUUACAAUUAGAUAUCAAUCAAUGUGACAGCUACGGUAAUACAGCUAACGCAUUUGAAGGGACACACAAAUGUGAUCGUGAAUCAACUCGUUGUGUUCCAAUGUUUGGCCGUAAAUAUGAGUCUGGAGGUUACAAAUGUGAAUGUAAUCAAGGAUAUGAAUAUCCCUAUCUGGAUCUAGUGACCUAUGUUGAUGGUCAAAACUUAGAAUCCGAAUACUUGAGCGUUGAAAAGAAUAAACCAAGCAGAAUGGACCAGUUAAGGUGUAGAAUAUCUGGAUCAAGCCAAUUAUCCAUCCAUCAUAUUAAUUUAUUGCUUUCGCUUCUUUCAAUUAUUUUUUUCAAAAUCCAAUUUUUUUGAUACCCAUAUGAAUGUUUAAAAAUUUUAGUAUUCAUUUAUCGUAACAAUCGUGACAAUCGUAACAGAAUUCGUCCAUAGACUUAAGGUCAACAUAAAGAAACUGAUAUUACGAGAACAAUUCAACAAAAACUGCAUAUCGACAAGUGUAAAUCCACUUUUCACACCGUUUGCCUAUUGUAAAUACAAAACUUACUCAAUGUGAGAAUCUUUUGAUUUUUAUGUUAUUUCUUUAAUUGCUCAAUGCCAAUUAGUGUUUGGUCUAUUUUGUUGAUAAUUAUUGCUAAUUUUGAUCAGCACACUUUUCUUGAAUCUCAAUAAAAUAAUAUUUAUCACGGAAA